AUGUGCGUGCUCCACCAUGUCCUUGUCUACCACUACUGCCUGGGCACAAGGACUUGGAAACGCCACGGCCCCACCCACCCCGAUCCCAUCCCUCCCACUCAUCUCCCACCCACCCCGAUCCCAUCCCACCAUCGUCUCCCUCCCAAACCCUACCCGCCGCCACGCCGCCCACCAACCGCCCCACCGUCCCGCCAUCCAUGGCCUCCCCCAUGCCGCACCACCACCAACCGCCCCCGUCUCCCUCACCUCGCCGCGGGCCACGACCUCUACCCUCCCCUCCCCUCACCUCCUCUCAUCAGAAGAGAUCUGAUCCCCCACGCCCUCCUCCUCUCGCCCCUCCCCUUCCCUCACCAGAAGGUAGAGAAGAACCCGAGGGAGGAAGAUCCAACGCGAUCCAGCCUCGGUCUCCGCUGCCUCGGCCUCGCGCCUCGCCGGAGCAGCUCCGCCGUCGACCAAAGUCCCGCAGGUCGACGUGUUCCCCCGCUCUUCUUCCUCCCUCUGUUUGUGUCUCCCUUUUUUUCUUUCAAGUCUCAAUCCCCUCUGUACUUCUCUAUGCAAGGAGGCCGCCAUGGACGCAGAUCCGCUGGAGCUGCUCAGCCCGCGGUCAGACCCUCCCUCCCUCGACCCCUGCCCGCAUCGGAAACCCUAGCCGCCGGCCAUGGCGACCGACCGCAGGGCGCAGGCACAGGGCUCGCCUCGACGACAAUGCUUGGCAGGCGCCAUGGAGUGGAGCUUCCUUUGCUCGAGACGCCAUGGAUUGUCCUUCUUCCUCCAGCACGAGGAAAAGCAGAAGCAGCCGCCGCAUCAAGGUCCACCCCCCUCUCUCUAUUUCCUCUUCAUCUAUCCCCUUCCCUUCCAUUCCCUGAUGAAUGGUGA